AGGGGAAGAGAAGAACGGUUUCCCUGGCGACCGUUUCCCGGGCGACUCCAGGUGGAGCAGGGACACUGAAGGUGGCGAUGGGCCGCCUCUGGCCCCUUGCCGGAGAAGGAUCGAGCUCAGUCUCGCGUUCUGGACGAAGCCUUGGGGAGUCAUUAGGGCGAGCAGGGGAGUGCCAGGGAGAGGCUCAGAAAAGAGCAGAUGGGGAGCUGAGAGAUGUCCCAGGCUGAAUCUCAUAUUGUAAGGUCUGGAUUCCCUGCGCCAGGGAAGAGGAGCCUGGCUGCAAGGACGUAGGGGUCUUCUUGUCGGGUUCUGCUGCCGGGAGCCUCCACAAGUUUUACGUCCAGGGGUUAUUUGGUUGGACUUUUUAAAAUCACGGACUUCCUCCAGUCCCUUGCUCUCAUACGUUGAUCUGAAUACCAAGCCUUUUGUUACAUCAUGGAAAAGGAGUUUUCUGUGUUUUCUCAGGGAAAUACCUCACGUAGGAAAUCUUGAUUUUAUUAGACAGCUGGCAGAGAGAGAAGUUGGCUACCACCAUGGAAUCACCAGAGGAACCUGGAGCAUCCAUGGAUGAGAACUACUUUGUGAACUACACUUUCAAAGAUAGGUCACACUCAGGCCGUGUGGCCCAGGGCAUCAUGAAACUGUGUUUGGAGGAAGAGCUCUUUGCUGAUGUCACCAUCUCCGUGGAAGGCCGGGAGUUUCAGCUCCACCGAUUGGUCCUCUCGGCUCAGAGCUGCUUCUUCCGGUCCAUGUUCACUUCCAAUCUGAAGGAGGCCCACAACCGGGUGAUUGUACUGCAGGAUGUCAGCGAGUCUGUCUUCCAGCUCCUGGUUGAUUAUAUCUACCACGGGACCGUGAAACUCCGAGCGGAGGAGCUGCAGGAGAUUUAUGAGGUGUCAGACAUGUAUCAGCUGACGUCUCUCUUUGAGGAAUGUUCUCGGUUUCUGGCCCGCACAGUGCAGGUGGGCAACUGCCUGCAGGUGAUGUGGCUGGCAGAUCGACACAGUGAUCCUGAGCUCUACACCGCUGCCAAGCACUGUGCCAAGGCCCAUCUGGCCCAGCUGCAGAGCACAGAGGAAUUUCUUCACUUGCCCCACCAUCUACUCACCGAUAUCAUCUCGGAUGGAGUUCCAUGUUCCCAGAACCCAACAGAGGCAAUAGAAUCCUGGAUCAAUUUUAAUAAAGAAGAAAGAGAGGCUUUUUCAGAGUCACUCAGGACUAGCUUGAAGGAAAUUGGGGAGAAUGUACACAUUUACCUGAUCGGGAAAGAGUCCUCUCGUACCCACUCGUUGGCUGUGUCCUUACACUGUGCGGAAGAUGACUCCAUCAGUGUAAGUGGCCAAAACAGCCUGUGCCACCAGAUCACAGCAGCCUGCAAGCAUGGCGGAGACUUGUACGUGGUGGGAGGGUCCAUCCCUCGGCGCAUGUGGAAGUGCAACAACGCCACCGUGGACUGGGAGUGGUGUGCACCUUUGCCCCGAGACCGACUCCAGCACACCCUGGUGUCUGUGCCUGGGAAGGACGCCAUAUAUUCCCUGGGUGGGAAGACGCUGCAGGACACCCUCUCCAACGCAGUCAUCUAUUAUCGGGUGGGUGAUAAUGUCUGGACUGAGACCACCCAGCUGGAGGUGGCUGUGUCAGGAGCCGCUGGUGCCAACCUCAACGGGAUCAUCUACUUACUGGGGGGGGAGGAGAAUGACCUGGACUUCUUUACCAAACCGUCCCGACUCAUCCAGUGCUUUGACACAGAGACAGACAAGUGCCACGUGAAGCCCUACGUGCUGCCCUUCGCGGGCCGCAUGCACGCGGCUGUGCAUAAGGACCUGGUGUUCAUCGUGGCUGAGGGGGACUCCCUGGUGUGCUACAACCCCCUGCUAGACAGCUUCACCCGGCUUUGCCUUCCCCAGGCCUGGAGCUCUGCCCCGUCCCUCUGGAAGAUCGCCAGCUGCAACGGGAGCAUCUAUGUUUUCCGGGACCCGUAUAAAAAAGGGGAUGCCCACACCUACAAGCUUGACCCUGCCACUUCAGCUGUAACGGUCACCAGAGGCAUUAAGGUGCUGCUGACCAAUUUGCAGUUCGUGUUGGCCUAAGGCUGUUGAGGACAGGAGCAGCUGGCGUUUGCCCUCCCUCCUUCCAGCACCUCCCCAUCCAAACUCAAAAGUCCCCCGAGGCCCCCCAACUCGGCUAUUAUGUUACUUUCUGAUACAUGUUAGAAAAGCAGCACCCCAGCCCUUCCCUGAACUCCUACAAGAGAGUUCUGUCUGGGGUUUUUAGACUGCUGCUGCUCAGCCGGCUGCUAGAACUGAGAGUAGGCCAGCCUGUUCGCCACCCCCUUGUAAUCUUGAGCCUCACUCACUUCAGAUCGCUUAGAGCCAGCCUCUUCUCCACCCCUAGGCACAGCCUCCCCUCUCUACCUGAUCAAUGUUAAAUAGAAGCACCCCUGAUCCCAGGACAGAAGGAAAGAUGCCCAGUCUCUGUUUUUCUUUUUUUUUUUUUUUUUUUGUAGCCUGCAAAGUGGCUCGUUGGUCAUUUUCCCACAAAGAAUUAGGUGUUAGAGUUCUCCUUCAGGUGUUGCUUGGAAAAAAUGGACUAAACCGAAGGUGUCCUUCACCAGCAAGAGUCUACCCUAGAAUUCAGGAUGUGCCGUCCAUUGUUUUUCAUCUCUCCGUCAGAAAAUGUACACUUUGGUUUUAUUUUUGGCUUAUUCCAAGGAGUAAGCCAGAAAGAAGUAGAAAGGAUUAUUUCUGGUUAAUAGCAGAAACUUUUUUCAAACUCAAAUAUAUAAGGUCACUACUCUUUUAAAAGCUCUAAGGUAAAUCAAGAGCUAGGAACUGUUCAUACAAAUAAAAGUUUUUGAAGGCA